AUCCACAAAGACUCACCCUGGGCCAGUUGUACAUUUAAGUGACAGCCCAAGAGAUGAGGGGAAACUAUUGAUAGGCUAUGAAAAUGGGACUGUAGUACUCUGGGACUUACGAUCUAAAAGAGCUGAUCUGAGAGCUUAUUAUGAUGAGGCUAUUCAUUCUGUUGCUUGGCAUCAUGAAGGGAAACAGUUCAUGUGCAGUCACUCUGAUGGCAGCUUGACCCUAUGGAAUCUGAAAAGUCCUAACAGACCAUUCCAGACCACAAUUCCACAUGGAAAAAUUCAGAGAGAUGGAAAAAAACCUGAAUCUUGUAAACCAAUUCUUAAAGUAGAGUAUAAGACAUGUAAAAACAGUGAACCAUUUGUGAUAUUUUCUGGUGGAUUGUCAUAUGAUAAGGCUUGUCGAAGACCAAGUUUAACAAUCAUGCAUGGGAAAGCAAUUACAGUUCUUGAAAUGGAUCACCCUAUAGUUGAUUUUUUAACUCUUUGUGAAACCCCGUAUCCAAAUGAAUUUCAAGAACCCUAUGCUGUAGUUGUGCUUUUGGAAAAAGAUCUCAUUGUUGUUGACCUGACACAAAGCAAUUUUCCAAUCUUUGAAAAUCCAUAUCCUAUUGACAUUCAUGAGUCACCUGUUACCUGCACAGAAUAUUUUGCGGACUGUCCUCCAGAUUUGAUUCCUGUACUCUAUUCUGUAGGAGCAAAACAUAAAAAGCAAGGAUACAGCAAUAAGGAGUGGCCUAUCAGUGGUGGAGCAUGGAACCUUGGAGCUCAGACAUAUCCUGAAAUCAUUAUUACAGGCCAUGCAGAUGGAUCAGUAAAGUUUUGGGAUGCUUCUGCCAUUACACUACAGAUGUUGUACAAAUUAAAAACAUCAAAGGUCUUUGAAAAACAAAAACUGGGAGAAGGAAAAGCAACAGCUGAGAUUGUGGAAGAAGAUCCUUUUGCUGUUCAGAUGAUGUACUGGUGUCCUGAAAGCCGAAUUUUCUGUGUGGCAGGAGUUUCUGCAUAUGUGGUUGUUUAUAGGUUCAGCAAACAUGAAGUAAAUACUGAAAUUGCAUCAUUAGAGGUACGACUUCAGUAUGAAGUAGAAGAUAUCAUUACUCCUGAACCGGAAAUAAUUCCUCCAUUUCCAGAUGCCUCCUCCCAGCUUCCUUCUUUAAAGAGCCUUUCAGGCAGUACCAACACUGUAGCAUGUGAAGGAACGAUGAAAGAUAGUAUCCCAUGUCUUAGCUUGGGUUCACAGAUCUUUGUCCCUUUGUUCUCACCACUAAUGCUCCUGGGUAAUCAGGGCUUCAUUAAGCUUAUGGAUGGUGUCACUUCAGAAAUGUUCAUGGAUAUGUAUCUUAUGAACAAAGGAAAGGGCAAAGCUUUAGUCCCAGUAGAACAG